GACCCCUGCACGAGUAUCAGACUCUACCCACCGUCUUCGUAAUCACUCGCUGCCAGAAGAUAUCAUGCAGUUCAAGAACGCUGUUGCCGCGCUGGCUCUCGCCGGUGUUGGUGGUGUCGACGCCUUUUUCCGUCUCAACUGCGCUAAGGUUCAAGUUGGACGUAUUGAUCCUAUUGUCAAUCCAGGUGCCUUAGCAGCACAUUGUCACACCAUUGUUGGUGGUUCAAGUGAGUUUCUCUCAUCUAAUCUUCUGCGCAUGACUGACCACAUUCGCCAGNAUAUCGGUGUCAACGCAACUUUUGAUAGUCUGUUCAACUCGGAAUGUACUUCUUGCGAGGUUUCGGCGGACAAGUCUGCUUACUGGACACCAAACUUGUACUACCAGCAUACCAACGGCUCCUUUGAGGAGGUUCCUCACAGUGGAAGUGUCGUCUACUAUCUGGGUCGUACUCAGGCUGCCGACAACAUUAUCGCAUUCCCUAAAGGAUUCCAGAUGCUGUCUGGUAACAAAUCCCUGAGAGCUGCCAACCAAUCAGGCAUGACUUGGGGUAAUGCCUCGUACCCCAAUAGACCAAACUCUGAUGCUAUCAGUUUUGCAUGUCUCGCCGCGACAGGUCUUCCAGAGACGGGUGGCUUACCUGCUGAUCCUCGCGUUUGUAUCAGUGGUCUUCGCGCUCAAGUCCACUUCCAGACUUGCUGGAAUGGUAAGGACUUGUACAAAGCCGACAACAGCCAUGUUGCACAUCUGUCGCAGAUCGAUAACGGAGUCUGUCCUCCGACUCAUCCUUUCAUGUUCCCUCAUCUGUUCCUUGAGACCAACUACGCAGUCAAUCAAGUUUCCAACCUGAACGACGGCGGUCGCUUCGUCUUUUCUCAGGGUGAUACCACUGGAUAUGGCUUCCACGGUGAUUUCCAGAAUGCUUGGAACGAUACCGUGCUGAAGAGUGCCAUUAGCAACUGUCUGGUUGACGGUUUUGACGACUCUGGUACACUCGAUGACUGCCCUGUGCUCCACCCUUUCUGGAACCCGAACUUUUCUGACAACUGCCCCAUGCAGCCUCCUCAGGUCAGCGAGCGUGUUGAAGGUAUGCUCGACAAGCUUCCUGGUUGCGUUCGCGUCACUACCGGCCCUGGAGCCGCCACAGCCGCUGAUAUGGAGUGUCCCGCUGGUGCCCCUCAAGCCAGUAUUGCCAGGACUGUUGAUUCCACUCCAGCGCCCACAUUCACACCUACCGCUGGCACACUCUUCGGCAACAGAUACAACAAGAUUGUUGGCUGUGGCAAUGAUUCGUACGUCAACAAUGGCUUCAGAAGUCUGAACGCGGACUACACGACCUUCCCAGGCAUGACUGUCGAGUACUGUCAAACCUACUGCACCAAGCAUGGGUACCCCUACUCGGGCGUAGAGAACGGAGAUCAAUGUUAUUGCGAUCUUAUCAUCAAUCCAUCAACCAUCAUCAAGGAUCAGACAAACUUCAUGAGUGGCUGCAAUAUCGCGUGUCCCGGCAACCGCUCCGAGCUCUGCGGCGGAGCCUUCUACAUGAUGAUCUACAACAACACCGAUGCAAAGUUCAAGCGUACAACCAACUUGGCCAACUCAGUCAUCCAGAUUACUUACCCUGUGGAUCCCUUCAACUCCACAUACGUAGGUUGUGCAAGCGAAGGCACCAGUGGACGCGCACUCAACGGCAGCUCCAUAGUCAACGCAAACAUGACUCUCUCGCAAUGCGCCGGUCUCGCCGCCAGCAACAACGCCGCCUUCUACGGUCUUGAGAACAAUGACGAGUGUUACGUUGGUAACGGUCUAGCCGCUGGUGGCAAGCUUGUCGACACCACUACCGACUUCACACAGUCUGCAUGCUCCGGACGCUGCGCAGGCAAUUUCUCACAGAUCUGUGGCGGAAGAGGGCUGUUGAGUGUAUACAGCAACCCUUCGUACAAGCCCGUGCAGGUCGUGCCCAGCGUAGGCAAAUACCAGAGCAAAGGAUGUUUGAAGGAACCCACCAGUGGAGGCCGAGCCCUCACCGGAGCUAGUACUACCGAUCCUCUGAUGACGGUGGAGAAGUGUAUCAAGUUUUGCUUGGGCAAGCGCUACAAGUAUGCCGGUAUUUCUCAAGGCGCUGUUGCGACAAAGUGCGAUAAUCCAUCCCUCAUGGUGUGUCCUGGCAACAACCAGCAAUUCUGUGGCGCUGGCAGUUUGCUCAACCUCUACUACUCUUCGACA